GUACUGUUUUGACCGAAAGGUCGGACUGUUUAGAUGCAGUUAGCGGAAAUGUUGACAUGAAAAUGUAACGGGAGGUCUGGAUUAUCGAAUUUAUUUCCAUCGAUAGAACAUAUUCCUGUAUAAUAAUAGAUCGAUAAAGUCGUUGGCCGGUAAUAGUUAACCAGGGCAGGCAUGUUGCAAAUAACGCAACAGUUUUUUUUCCUUCGACCUUCUCCGAGAAUAUCAAUGAAUGCAUCGAGUUAACACUGUGUUUUACAUGAACUAGCGGUGAACGGACUUUUUGUUGUUUUGUUGUUAUAGGUUAUUUCGUGUACCUCCUAACUAAUGUAUAUCGCUUGAUAGCUGUGCUAUUUGCAAAAGCUGGCAUUUCAGGACAAAUCAUUGUCCUCGUCUCCGCCGAAAUGGACACUCCAAAUACACUGUCCAUGUUACUGCUGGUCUCAGAGCAAUGACACUGUCCUUUAUCCUGCUCCUUGUCAACAUAACUGGCUGAGCUAAACUUUCCCGGUUUAGUUUUCCAUGACACUCAAAACUUAUGCUCGACUAGAUUCGUUGGAAUCGCUGCUCAACGAACUUCCCUGUAUGUUUUAUCUGGGCCUGUUUUGUGUGAACGUGUUGAUCCUCUACUAUGCCUUUCUAAUGGAAUACAUCGUCCUGAAUGUGGGGAUAGUGUUUCUACCGGAAGAUAUGGACCAGGCGCUGGUGGACCUAGGGGUACUAUCUGACCCGGCCUCUGUCCCUUACGACACGGACACAGAACUCGAUGUUUUCGAGAGGUACCUGGAGUGAGCUGAGGCCCAAGGCUAGAGAGGCUGCACCGGCAUGCUCCCCGGGAUGAACUGGACUCCUACCGGCCUGUGGUGAUGAUGAUGAUGAUCAUGAUCAUGAUGAUGAUGGGAGAGACUGAUACUGGGAACUCCAGGAGGAGGAUAUUUGUCUUGGCUUGGAGCAACAUUGGCUGCGGGAUGAAAAAGUUGUCAAGGCUCAAGACCAGAUAUCUGGAGAGAGUCAGAACCAACAGACCGACAGGACAAUUCACAGCAGAGUUAACUGUCAAAACUGUCUUAACUGGCCAAUCAACAAGCAGAACUGUCUAACUGGCCAAUCAACAAGCAGA